AUGUCAGCCACGAUUGCGUUAUCAGACCGUGGCUCCUCACCAACCGGACAUGCAACCGGUCUCGUCCGCGAAGACCACUCCAUGAGCUUCCCUCUCGAACAAGACAAGACAUUGCAGAAUGGCGAUCACACUAGCAGAGGCGGCGGCAAACCAAAUAUAAUGAGCCUGCAGGACAGUAUGCCGAACGGCCACGCAGAGCCGGCUCGCCGUCCUUCGUCGCCUGACUCGGAGCUCGAUACUGUCACAGCGGAACUAGGCGACACCAUAUCGCUGAACCAGUUGCAGACGGAGAGCUGCGAUGCAGCAUGGGCCGAGCGCAUCGACACCCUUGGCACAGCCGACUUGUGCGCUGAGUUCAUCAACCACGAGUCCAGCGUACUACCCGCUAUCACGGCUGCCUUGCCCGUCAUUUCGGCGCUCGUGGACGCCCUUGUCAAGCGCUUACGGGCUGGUGGCCGCGUCUUUUAUGUGGGUGCCGGCAACAGCGGUCGUGUCGCCUCCAUGGACUGCUCCGAAAUGGGGCCAACGUUCUCCGACGACCCAAGUCAGUUCAUUGCUCUCGUAGCCGGCGGCAGCCGUGCAGUGAUGCAAGCACGCGAAGAUGCCGAAGAUUCGGAGUCUAAUGGCGCUGCCGCGCUCGAGGCCAUGCAGCCGAAGGCACAGGACGCCAUCAUUGGCAUCUCUGCAUCGGGCCGUACGCCGUUUGUGCUCGGGGCACUGCGGGCUGCACGCAAUGCGGGCGCAUUGACUGCAGGCAUCACCAACUGCCAGCCAUCGGGUUUUGGGCGCUUGGGAGUCCAGUACUUGGUCAAGGCGUUGACGGGGCCGGAGUUUAUCGCCGGUAGCACUCGACUCAAGGCUGGCACAGCGGCAAAACAGAUACUCAACAUGAUUAGCACCAUCACCAUGGUGCGUCUCGGCAAGACAUACCGCGGGUUGAUGCUCGAUGUGCGCGCGCGCAACCACAAGUUACGGGUCAACGUCAAACUGGCUUGUGCUGUUGCAGUGUCAGGGCUCGACUUAGCAGCUGCGCUCGAACGCCUCGAACGCGUCAAUGGCCGCUUCUAUGAAUUCCUGGCCCUGUCGCAACCAUCACCCCUUCUCUUGCCCAGCCACAAUGACGAGCUCGUGCUCGCCAUUGACGGUGGCGGCACAAACUGCAAGGUCGCCGUGGCCACACGGUCUGGCCAGAUCGCGCACGGCGAGGCCGGCGCGUGCAAUAUCACCUGCGCGACCCCCGACGAGCUGGUGACACAGAUUCGCACGGCAACCCUGAGUGCCCUGACGAAUCUGCGCAAUAACCAGACAGGACCCAGCACCAAAAACAAACAGCAGUGUCUCGUUCCCGAGACAGAUGUCCCACGAUUCUCCAGGGUGUGGGCCGGAAUAUCCGGCCUUCACUACUCAUAUAACCCUGCUGCACUUGCGUACCGACUCGAAACCCUGCUGUCUGUCUCGGUUCGCGACGGCAGCCUGCGAAUGACGAGUGAUGCGCCUCUCCUCGGAGCCUGUGUCGGUGUCGAUGACAGUGUACAGGGUGGCCUGUGUGUUAUUGCCGGAACGGGGUCGGUAGCCGUGGCCGUGCGCAAGAGGCCCGACGGUUCCGUCGAUCAGGUCAGUCGUGCAGGCGGCUGGGGCCAUCUGCUGGGCGAUGAUGGCAGCGCUUUUGACAUCGGCCGGCGGGCACUGCAGGCCGUGCUCGCAGACAUGGCGCUCCUGGCGGACGAGGCUGGCCUAUUUGGAGAGGAUCUUCCUGACCAAGGUCACGCUUCCGACGAAGCGUCUGACCUCGAGAAGGCUGUGCUGACAGCACUUGGUACGAACGACCCUGCAGAGCUCUUGCCGCUCAUCUUGUACAACGCAGAUCGCGAGCCCAAGCAUCAGAUUGCUGAGGUCGCGCGCGUCGUCACCGCACUAGCAUUUCCCGACGACGAUGAUGCCACGCCCGACACCCAGGCACUUGAUAUCCUCCAGAACGCCGCGUCGAGCCUCGUUGUAAGCAUCAAGCGCCUCGCCACGUCACGUCUGUGCACGCCGAGCUCUGACAUGCUCAUCUUGUCGGGCGCGAUGCUCAACCUAGCGCCAUACCGUGCACUCUUCCUCGAUGCAUGGGAAAGCCAGGGGUUACCAACUUUCAGGAAGACGGUCGUUGUCAAAAGCGCCUCGGAAUGGGCUACGAGGUUCCUGCUCCGACAGACAGCGAGCUAG